CAUUGAUUGAUCUCCACUCCACUCCCCGCUGACCAGAGAAAACACCCGAUAGCGAAUGCGAGAGGGGAUUUAAAUUAGACAAAAACCGUCCGCUUUAGUUGACGGACGAGGUUGCUGUUUGCGUUUUCAUGCCGGUUGGCGUCGUGCUUGGGUUCGUGUGUCAGAGAAACGGCUCAUCGUUGGCGCUGGGCAGCGUUAGCUGAGCUGUAAUGUCAGGACUUGUUUUCUCCGUAGACAUCGCUUCCUGUUAGCCUCGGGCUCGCUGGAAAAUUGCGUUAUGUUAAUGAACGAGCAGGUAUAGUUCGCCAACACAAAACAGUAACUUUGCUGCCUGCUUUAGCCAGUUCUUCCAUCUGACUUCUAUCUUUCCUCACAAAUCUAUGCUGAUAACUUUUAUUUAAUGCCCAGUAUCCGGGUUGGUUCGCUAGCGCUUCUCAGCUAGCCAUCUUUGCUCGGGUUUUACGGCUUGAAGUGCUGAACUUGGUUGGAUUUUGAUGACAAAGAGCAAGCGGUGUUAAUUUGAUGGUUCAUUUACGUGUUUAAGACGAGCUCACUCGUGUCACAAGUGACCAUAAAAUACUUUAAUUUCAUUAACAGUGUUUACUGUGCAGAGACAAAAGGAAGAGAGGGUUUGUUCUUGAUUUUUUUUUUUUUUUGUCAAUUUAUUUUUGAGCGUACACAAAAACUAUUUUAGACAUUUUUGUCGCAAUUGUUAAACAGAAAUCACUAAGAGUAGCUGAUCUUCAGAAGUAAUUGCUAAGUUAGUAGAUAGUCCCGGAGAAGUGGUUGCAUCUCUUCAUCCAUCCAUCCAUCACCGCCCACCUCCUCUCCGGCCAUGGACCCCCCCAGGACUCGGUCGCGGUCUCGGUCUGGCUUCUAUCAUUUCUCCAUGAACGGCAGCGUUGGAGGCAACGACGGGAGCUUGAUGAACGCCAGCGGAGGAGGGGUGAGCUACCCGCCGCCGAGUAAUCCCGGCUGGGCGCCGCACCACGGAGGACGGGGCUACCCGGAGGGCCAGCAGCAACAGUCGCUGCCGCCGCCGCAGCAGCACGCCCAGGGGAGCUACCUGUCCGCAGGGGUGCAGCGCCACUCCGCGCACGGAGCUCACAGACACCCUGGUGCAGGAGUGCUGCAUUUUCAUCCAGAUAAUUUGUGCAGUGAGGAUCGAGACAAAAUGGAGGACAGCCCAAGCCCCAAAAGGCAACGUCUUUCCCAGCAGUCCAUGUUGGACCACAGCUCGGCUCCUCCUUCCACUCCUUCCUCCCCCAUUCGGCCGUGGGAGCUGCCUCCGAGCCGCAGACCGCACCCCCACUACAUGCCCGAGAGAUGCCACACACCUGUCAGAAACCGCCGCAGUCCUCCAAUGCGACGCCAGCGUGGGCGGAGAGACCGCCUGACCCGCCACCACCACCACUAUAACGGCAACAACAAUCACCACCACCAUCACCACCCAAACAGCCACCAUCAUCACCAUCUUCACUCCCACCACGGCCCGUCGCCUGGCCAUCAGGAUGAAAACUACCGCCACCCAGCUCCUCCUCAGGGUUACCCACCCUAUAGCCAGCAACCUCCCAGAGGGCCGGGCUCUGUCUCUGAAGACCGUCCAGGUUACCAUCCCCCUAACCCCUCCCCGAGGCCUCUUCACCAGUCGCCAAACCUGUCUCCCAGGCUGUUGCACCCUGGCGCCCAUCCCGGGCACCCACAUCCCCACCCAUCCCAGCAACAGAGCAGUGGGGUCCUAGAUCUCCAGGAACAGGGUUCGGUUCCGGUAUCAUAUCCUGUGUCUCCUCCGGGUGUGCCACCUGGCCUUCCGCCUCGGUCUGCCCCGCAGCAGAUCCCAGCAUGCUCUGUGGUCUUUAGCGGGCAGCACUAUCCCGUCUGCAGUGUCCCUCCUUCUGUUCUUCAGACUUGUUCCGUUCAGCAUUUGCCCAUGCCGUACCCAUUCCCGUCAUUGCUGUCCACCGACCCAACCUUCUUGAUUCCUCCUCCUCACCUCACACACCCUCCAACGCACCUCUCCCACCACCCGCCUCACUUGCCGCAGCCGGCGCAGUUCGGACCUUAUCCGACGCAGCAGGCUCGAUCGCCUUUACAGAGGAUAGAAAAUGAUGUGGAGCUGCUGGGGGAGCAUCUGUCUCUGGGUGCUGGGCUUCACUACUCCCCGGCCACACACCCAGCCCUCACCCCACACUCGACGCCUCUCCACUUCCUCUCCCACGAGCCCCUGGCGCAGGAGUUCUUUGGAGUGUCUUAUCCAAACUUCAUUCCUCGGCGUCUCCCAGGGCGGCGGUACCGUUCGCAACAGCUUCCACCUUCGCCUUAUCACCCCAGCCUCCUGCCUUACUUCCUAUCAAUGCUGCCAGUCCAGCCCACAGGUCCUGCAAUCGGCCUGGAGCUGGAUGUGGAUGACGGAGAAGUGGAGAAUUAUGAGGCCCUCCUGAAUCUAGCUGAGCGCCUGGGAGAGGCCAAACUCCGAGGACUGACCAAGGGGGACAUUGAACAACUCCCUUCCUAUCGAUUCAACCCAAAUAACCAUCAGUCUGAGCAAACACUGUGUGUGGUAUGUAUGAGUGAUUUUGAGUCCCGUCAACUGCUGCGAGUCCUUCCCUGCAGUCACGAGUUCCAUGGAAAGUGUGUCGACAAGUGGCUGAGGGCCAACAGGACGUGUCCUAUCUGUCGAGCCGACGCCUCAGAGGUCCAGAGAGACUCGGAGUGACCACAAGAGGGAGCUGUACACUUCCUGCUGUCGGAUUAACACAUCUAGCACUGCCUGCUCCUGAUAAAUUGAUGCACAUAUGCGUGCAUACACACGCAGACACAUGCAGCGUUACCUUUCAUGUUGGUGGAGCACUUUAUUCUCCAUAGUUGUUUCUUUCUUUAAAAGUUUACAUCGUGCAUUUGAUGUUUUCUUUAACCAGAUAACUUGUCACACUCCUUUCCUUUCUGUACAUGCACACAGGUCCUCACGUUUAAGUGAAUGACCCAACUUCCUGCAAUAGUGUGUGUGUCUGCAUACAUACCACAUCUGUGCAAACAUUGGUCUGUAAUGCAGGGCUUUGGUACGUGAGUGUGUUGUCAGUGUGUGUUUGUGUGUGUAGGUAUGGGAGGGAUUUUGGGUAUCUUGGAGCAUGCAUGAGUUGUUCUUCUGUACUGGACAAAAGUAACGAGUUGAGAUUUUCUUUUUGCUCUCAUGAUUGAAUUUUCUCCCUGUUUAUAUGUUUAUGAACUGUCUGUAUGCAUACUCUGUGUGUAUGUAUGUUAUAGACUUUUCUCUAGUUUGACACUAAUGGUCCAUGCUGCCGCUGUAUCUCUCAGUUGCCUGUUUGUAUUAUUAUUAUUAUUAUUAUUAUUAUUAUUAUUAUUAUUAUUGGUUUUUCUGCCUGUCAGUUACCUCAUCAUUCCGUUCUCAUUAAAAGUGCUUCAUAGCACCACUUUCACAUUUAACAAAUAUAUUUUCCUUUCUUUUCAUUUCAAAGAAAGUUUGUGGUUUGCAGUGGCACAUGUUGCAUAUAUAUAUAUAUAUAUAUAUAUAUAUAUAUAUAUAUAUAUACUGUAAAAAUCUAUGAAUAUCUAUAUACCAAAUAAAAUGCUUGAUAUGAAAUUUUUAAA